AUGUCCGAAACGCUGUACACGCGCUGCGCCGAGGUGCUCGCCCACUGCCAGGCGCAGCUCAAGGACGACCUCCCCGCGCUCCUCGACCCCGCCUCGGGCUUUGCGCCCCAGCUCAGGCAGAUAUGCACCCAGUGCGUCGCAGAUCUAGAAGACAGCGGCGAGGCCACCCUCGACGAGCUCAACGCCCUCAAACUCGAAAGCAACACCUGGGGCCUCCUCCAAGCCCUAAUCCCCCUCCGCAAAACCGACCCCCCCGCCCACCCCACCGCCCGCGCCCUCCUCGCCGAAAACCCAUACACGCCCCCCGCCGCCCUCGCACACGCCACGAUGGCCGCCUCCCGCGCCCUCGCAGAGCUCGUCGUCGUCCGCGAGUGGCUCCACGACACCGCGCCCCAGCCCCUCCGCCCCGACGUCCCCACCGGCUACUGGAAGUUCACGAAGCACCGCGCCACCCACGCCCUCCGCACCGCCGGCGCCGCGCACGCAACUGGCGCGCCGGGCAUCGUCGUCAAGCUCGAUCCCGACGCCGUUGUGAGAGAGGACGGCCGCGCGCUCGCGGCGGACGAUGCGAACCACGAGAAAAUGCUCGCGCAAGCGCUCUUCGCGUACGUGCGCGCGGGCAGGCUCGACGACGCCGUCGAGCUCUGCAGGAAGAUGCACCAGCCGUGGCGCGCGGCGAGCCUCCGCGGCGCGCAGCUCUUCCAGUGGAAGGCCAUCUCGACAGAACCGCGCGACGACGACGACGGCGACGACGCGGACGAUGCGGUGCAGGACGGAGAGCGGGAGGACGCCGCGUUCGACGCGUGGCACGGCAACAGGCGCCGCAGGCUGUGGAAGGCGGCCUGCACGCGCGCCGCGCUCGACCCCCGCCUCCCUGACACCGAGCGUGCGCUCUACGCCUCCCUCGCACCGUCCCCGCGCACCGCCACCAUCUUACAGUCCGCGUGCCGCACAUGGGAGGACACGCUGUGGGCGCGCAUCGGGGUCCUGUGCGAGGAGCGCGCGAGCGCGGCGAUGGAGCGCCUUAGGGGCGCGUUUUGGGAGGGCGGGGCGGCGGCGGUGGGGCGUGCAGAGGAAGAGGAGGAAGAGGAGGAAGAGGAGGAGGAGUGGAGGGAGGAGGUGAAGAGGACGCUGCAGGCGCUCGCGAGCGUCCAGGUCGAAGACGGGCUCCCUGCGGACAACGCGUUCCACAUGUCGCAGCUGCACAUCAUCCUCGACAGCACGGAGCACCUCCUCGACGACUUUGCGAGCCGCCUCCAGAACGGGCUCUACGACCGCUCCGCGUCCGAGUACCCGACCAUGACGCGCUUCUUCGCGCACCUGUGUCUCUUCCUGCAGAUGAUCGAUCUCCCCGCGUCCCCGCUUGCGACGCAGGUCAUCCUCGAAGCCUAUCUGCGCGUGCUCGAGGACGCCGGCCAGCGGCACCUCAUCGCAAUGUACGCCGGCGCGCUGGGCGACAACGCCGUCGAGCGCUACGCGCUCUUCCUCACCUCCCUCGGGCUGAGCGCCGCGCCCGCCGAGCGGCGCCUCGCACUAACGCGCGCACGCGCACACGGGCUCGACCCCGCGCGUGUCGCGAUCGCCACCGCGGAGCGCACGAUCGAGCGCGCGUUCGACGUGCUCCCGAACGUGCUCCGCGGCCCGCUGCCCGCGCUCGCGGGCGGCGGGCUGCGGCCGGAGAAGGGCGCGGAGGGCGGGGAGGACGCGGAGGCGCUGUUGGUGCGGUCGAUCGAGUGGACGGUGUUGAUGGAGGCGACGUAUGACACGGCGCUGGAGCAGGCGAACGUGAUCCUGCGCUAUCUCCUCGCGGCGGGGCGCGUGCAGGUCGCGGCGGAGCUGCUGGAGGUGUUGCCCCCGGAGCUCGCGUCGCUUGGCGCGCCCGAGGAGCGCGCGACGGAGUACGCGCACUAUAGGCAGUUCUUCGCCAUCUGGGCCGCGUUCGAGCGCGUGCUCGCGUGCCAGGCGCGCGAGGGCGCGCAGGCGACGCGCGACGCGCGCGCGGAGUGGCUCUCGGAGUACGCGGGCCUGGUCGACGAGACGCGGGAGCGCGUCGUGAAGCUGCUCACGACGGACUGGCUGGUCCCCGAGCCGGACGCGGGCGGUGCGACAGGCGACCGCCGCCUGCGCGAGCUCACGCGCAUCCGGCAGAUCUACGUCCCGGAGCUCGUCCUCCGGCUGCACGUCCUCCUCCUCGAGUCGCGCGCCCAGAUCCCGCAGAAUGUCACGCGCGCGCUCGCGCUCGCGACCCUCGUCGCGGACUCGCGAUACAGGCUCUACGAGGACUUUGCGCUCAACGGGCACAGUUUGGCGGUGUACCUCGGCGCGGUGCGCACCGCGGUGCUCGCGGCGCUCGAGCACGGCGGAUCGGACCCGUUCAUGGCGGUCGCCGCGUGAACCCGCGCGCGUCCGUGUGGUGGAGGGUUCGUGAACGCGCCAGUGGGCGACGCGCUGUCGUGUAUCUUAUCUUACUUGUUGCUCGUGGGCGUGCGCCGUUUGCUGCUGUACGUGAAAAUUGCGGGCCACCGUACGUGCGGCCGUUAUAUAUUGUGUUGUUCGACGCU